AUCUUUGUAUCAAUCGAAGGGAGGGGAAAGAAAAAUAGAAAUAAAAAGAAAGAAAGAUGUCAAGUAGCUUGUUGAGCCAUGGCUUCAAUAAGGUAGCUCGGAUUUUGGGUAGAGACCCAAAAAAGCAAAAUUUUCCAGUGCUGGAAGACCAUCCAGCUGCACAAGCGCAUGCAGAAGUAGCAAUUGAAACACAUGGGGAUAUUCAGAACAGAGUCCAGAAGCUUUACAAGGAGUUCAGGAUCUUUAGAUGGAGCGCUGACCACCCCACCAACAACAAACCCUUUCUCCAGUCUUACUAUGUAGACCUUUCCAGUUGUGGCGCCAUGGUUUUGGAUGCAUUGCAAAAGAUAAAAGCAAAGGAUGAUUCAAGCCUAAGCUAUAGGAUGUCUUGCAGGGAAGGGAUAUGUGGGUCUUGUGCAAUGAACAACGACGGAACCAACACUGUGGCCUGCCUCGAGCCCAUUAAUGCAGACACUAGCAAGCCCACUGUUAUAACUCCCCUGCCUCACAUGUAUGUGAUCAGAUAUCUGGUUGUAGACCUUACCGAUUAUUACCAACAGUACAGGUCAAUCGAGCCAUGGCUUAAGACCGAACGACCACCUGAAGAUGGGAGGGAAUACAGGCAAUCACCUGCUGACAGGAAGAAGCUAGAUGGCCUAUACGAGUGCAUAUUUUGUGCUUGCUGUACUACUUCCUGCCCUUCUUACUGGUGGAACCCGGAGGAGUAUCCCGGCCCUGCUGCUUUGCUUCAUGCUUACCGAUGGAUCUCCGAGAGCCGGGAUGAUUUCACUGAGGAAAGGCUGCAGGCCUUAACGGAAGACUUCAAGAGAUUGUAUAGAUGCAGGACUAUAAAGAAUUGCACAGCAAACUGCCCCAAAAACCUGAGUCCAGCUGGUGCAAUUCAUAAGAUGAAGACCAAGCACAUGCUUUCUGAACCAAUGGAGAAGGUUGAAAGCCUGUAGCUAAGAAUAUGUUCUAUAUUUGUUGUUAUGUUAUCUACUACUUCUAGUAGUUACCAUUUCUCCCUAAUGCAUUGAAGAUGACAAUGUUAGCCAGUUCCUGCUCCUUGGCACUAUUUCCUUAUAAAUCAUGCUUGAACCAUAACAUUGUGAAAUUAGAAAUUCAACACCAAAGGUGCAAGAUAUUGCUUGCGUGAGCAAAAAUUAGGAAUGUGUUUGAUUCGAAGUGAUAUGCUGCUGAUUUUUGUCAAAC